UAGCUUCAGCAUCUGUUACAUGUAGUAUCAAUGACGGAUUCCCACUAGUGCCUUCAAGAACCUCCUCCUUCAUUCCAUCGAAUCCAAACAAACAGCAUAAGUACACUUUGUGUGGCAAGCCAAUACUCUUAAUUCAAAAGCUCUAGCCUGCAGCUUCAUUAUUGAGAGAGAAAGAAAGAAAGAGAGACAGAAGCUCGAGAUGGGAAAAGCUCGUACAGUUGGUGUAGGAAUGGACUACUCUCCAAUCAGCAAAGCAGCACUUCGAUGGGCUGCUGAUAAUUUAAUGGAGGAAGGAGAUCGUAUCAUCUUAAUCCAUGUCCAGCCACCCAAAUCCGAUCAUACCCGGAAGGAACUUUUCGAGGACACUGGAUCACCUUUAGUUCCUCUUGAGGAAUUUAGGGAGAUUAACUUUUCCAAGCAAUAUGGACUUACAAAUGAUCCAGAGGUUCUUGAAGUUCUUGAUGCAGUGUCAAAGACCAAAGGGGUGAAGGUGGUGGCCAAGGUCUACUGGGGGGAUCCAAGGGAGAAGCUGUGCUAUGCUGUAGAAGAUCUCAAGCUCGACUCACUUGUUGUUGGAAGCAGGGGUCUAGGCGCUAUCAAAAGGGUGUUGCUUGGUAGUGUAAGCAAGUACGUUGUGACAAAUGCUUCAUGUCCAGUCACUGUGAUUAAGGGAACCCUUUCUAAGCGUUAAUUGACACAAGAUUGCUGUCUCUAUAAGUGGUCAUCACUUUCUGGAUGUAUAUUUUCUUUUAUAAAAGCUUAUUUAUAAUUCAAGUGCAAGUAUUGGCUUCUUCUUCUUC